AUGUUCGUACCGGCGACGGCGAUCCGAGCCUACCAAUCAAACGACGCGCCCCCGAUGUCGGUUCUUGUUUCAGAAGACGAAUGUGCCGAUCGCGGAGGCGAAUCGCCGAGAAGCAGACGGCAGAGGAAGGCGAUGAAUGACAUUCACUCUCCGAAGUACGUCCUCGUUGGGGCUCGAACCUGCGCAUCCCAUUUCAAGAUCAAAAAGCUGCUGCGUCAUCUGUCCCCCUUUUACGAACGCUUUGGCAUCAGGCACAUCAUACCGAUCGCCAUUCUCAUCGCCUAUUCCCUGUUCGGAGCGGCGAUCAUGCAAGUGGUCGAGCGGCAGCACGAAACGGAGCAGCUGCAGCUGAGGCAACGACGGCUGAAGGAAGUGCAGAACGAAGCCGUGCAACGACUAGCCAGGAUUCUUCUGUCGAGGAGGUACGAAAAGGACACGAAAAUUCGCCUGAGCAGGAAGUUGAUCUUGUGGUACGAACAGAACCUGCAGGGACCGCUACCUCGCGGCGGCGAAAUCACCUGGGAUAUGUGGGGAGCAUUAUUCUACGUCGGCACCAUCUACACGACGAUCGGUAAGGAGGUUGCCGUUCGAUAG